AUGUUACGGUCAAGCGCAGGCGGUCUAAACACGCUCCAUCCGGCCACGCGACACAAAAGAGGUCCUCGGUGGCUCACCUCGAAACCACCUUUCACUCUAGAGAGAGAGGAGAAGCUCUACAACAAACCUUGGAGCAGGCCGAUAGGAGAAACCGACUGGAGCGAGACAACGAGGCAAGAACGACGGCAGCGAAGCGUCAGUAGUUCUGGCGGGUCUCGGAUCCCAGAUCUGACACAGAUCCGAGCGCAAUCGGCGACUAGCAGCAGACCCGAGGUCCCUAAGAUAACCCAAACUCGUCUCACCUCGCCAGAGCUCCGGAAAGAAAUCAAAGACGCCUUUGAUUCCCGACGAUUCAACGAAUCCAGAGACACCGUGCAAGGAGGAAAGACAGAGGGAGAGCAGCAAAGGGUUGAGGCAGGGAAGAUGGAUUCGUCGGGAGGCUUGUGA